AUGUUUCUAUCUUCGGUCCAAGGCAAGCCAAUCGCCCCGUGGGGUCGUCGCUGGCGGUCGUCGGACACUUUUAUCAUCACCACACUGUCCUUAGCUAUAUUUACAGAUGAGCUCCUUUUCGCAUUCAUGGUGCCUCUUCUCCCGACCGUCUUGGAGCAGCGCAUUGGCCUCGACGCGUCGCUCACUCAAAGAUAUACUUCAAUAUUCCUGGCCGAGGGAGCAUUCAUCACCGUCGUUUCGAGUCCUCUCAUCGGAUCCAUCGCAGACGCGGUCUCAUCCAAGAAAACGCUUUUGCUGGGCCUGCUCGUGCUGGCAUUGAUGAGCGUCGCCUCCCUGUCGCUCGCUAGAACGUUGCCGUGGCUAUUAAUUGGUCGCGUUUUCCAAUGCACCGUCAGCAACGGGCUGUGGAUCGUCGGAAUGGCGACCAUGGCGGAGAAUAUCGGAUCCGAACAUAUGGGCAAGGUCACUGGGCUAAUCUCCGCUCUCACAGCGGCUGGAACGAUUGCUGGUCCAGUUUUGGCGGGCAUUCUGUUCAGUAUCGGGGGAUAUUGGUUCGCUUGGGCUGGCGCGGUCGGGUUUCUCGUCGUCGACAUGAUCCUGCGACUCCUGAUGGUGGAGAAACAGACUUCACCACACGUCGACGAUCAGGAGGCGCGCGAGGAUGACCCUCUCCUCCCAGAACCCACAUCAGACAACGGCAGUGACUCUGGUUCCGCGAUAUCUGAGGAAAUACAAGGCUGGCGCUUCUACUCAUGUCUCCUCCGCCAGCCCCGAUUCAGCACCGGACUCGUCUGCUACUACGUUUUCGCUCUUCUGAUCGCCUGCUUCGAGUCAACACUCGCAGUGCACGUGCGGAAUGUAUUCAACUGGGGUGCGCUACCUGGCGGACUACUGUUGGCAUCAAUACAAGGGCCAAGGAUGAUACUCGGGCCAGCAGUAGGAUGGCUCAAGGAUCGCUACGGGUCACGAACACCAACAGCGAUAGGACUCCUGAGCAUUGUUCCCUUCCUCUUUCUCUUGGGCGCUCCUGGCGAUCAACGGUUCCCAUGGGCCAAUGGGGAAGACCGAGGCAAAAUAAUUUACUCUUGCGCGAUGGUUACGUUGGGCUGCUUGACGUGUCUUUUGAACGGUGUCGGAAUGAUGGAGGCAACUGAAACAAUCGACCUACUAGAAGAGCGCCAGCCAGGUAUCUUCGGCCCCAACGGCGGCUACUCGCGUGCCAUUGCCCUCACGAGCAUGGUCUGGGCGGCUGGCCUGUUGUCGGGGCCUCUUCUGGCUGGUGUAGUGGUCGAGCGGUUCGGCUACUUUGAGUUGCAAUGUGCUCUUGCUAUAAUUUGUGGCAUUGCGAGCGUUAUCGCUUUGCUUUUUCUUGACUCUCGCUCCCAGCGUGGUGGCCAGUAG